AUGCUUGUGUCUGCGUCUACGAUAUAUGGGCUAUCCCUGUCUGCAGCACUCUAUAGCUUAACAGUGGACGCAUUGGCUAUCAGAGGAUAUGAUGGCACCCAUCGCAUGGCCAAGUUACCACAGAUUACACAACCUGCCGUGUUAUUACAGCGGAAAGAUGAUGUCUGUGGUGUUGGCAUGAAGUUAUGCCCAGCAAACUUGGGCGGAAACUGUUGCCCGGAAAACUAUGCUUGCGCGACAAAUAGCUGCUACUCAACAGCUAGCAGCACCAGCACUUCAUCAGCGUCAUCAUACACAUACGCAUGCCCAACCAGUCAGUAUCUCUGCCCAGCAUCUCUUGGCUAUGGAUGUUGCCCCGAUGGGAUGGGCUGCGGCGCCAGUCGAUGCUACUCUACUCAGCCAACCACCAUGACCGUGACAACGGCCAUUACGAGUACAGCAAGCGGCACUGUAACCACAAUCACGACAACUUCAGUCACUGUCAGGAGCCCAAGUAUCCCGACCGGCUUUGGCACGCUGGAUGAUCGGAACAAUGAUGACAAUGGGAGCCAGACGACCGACUCGUCUGCCACUUCUGUCCCAAAGUAUAUGCCACCAGCGGAGACUGGCGGAAGUGACAGUCAAGAUGGUGGUCUCUCAACGACACAGCUAGGAGGCAUCAUCGGAGGGGCUGUUGCACUGCUCGCAUUGGUGGUUGCUGCGGCUCUCGUUUUGAUUCGCCACAUUGACAAGCUGGCCAACCAGAUGUCGCGAAAGGCCAACUCGUCCAAAACGAGGUCAACGACAAAGCAGACAAGUGUGUCGGAUUCUGAAAGCAGAAGCUCUCGAACAGAUUCCACCAAUGAGUCUCUACGGCGCUCACGAGCUCGUCGAAAGCAUAGAUCUAGGUCGACAGUCCGCCGUAAUCGCCAGCGGCGCAAUGGUCUAAUUGCAACGAGAUCCGGCAACUUUAUGACUGAACGAGUUCCGGGGAGGCAAGAUUCCGCGGACAUUGCUCUCCAAGUGUUGACUCGAAAUGUCAACUGCUGUGGCGCAGUGGUGCCAAAUGCAAGGCAUGGCGAUAUCGUAUCGCCCACACCCAUCAACGAAGUGUCAUCGCCAAGACUGCUGAGUUCCCCAUCGCCAAUUAGCGAUAUGGAACUCGAAGCGAGCUCGCUUGCCCAAGAAUUGGCCGGAACGUCAUCAGCAUCUAGCCUGGCAGCAGAUCUCCUCAUACACUACCCGCAAGAAAUUCCGCCGAGUGACCUCCCUAGGGUAGCCACGCGACCACCGCUUGCAUAUCAAUGGAUGAGAAGCAUCGGGUUGCUCAGAGAGUCGGAGAACGCUUCUCCUGAUCAUUUUUGCAUCGAUGAUGAGGAAUGGCACGGAUUUUACGGAUCCCCAAGCCACAUGGCGGGUCGAACAGGACUUGGUAUAAGCUAUACAGAUAUUCGGGGAGGCGGAUACAGACAGUAUAGAUAA